AGCCAUGACAAAAUUUGGGUUAUAGUCGACCGGUUAACAAAGACCGCUCGCUUUAUCCCGAUGAACGAGACUUGGAGCAUGGAGAAGUUAGCCUGAGCCUACAUCAAGCACGUGGUUAAGUACCAUGGAGUUCCUCAAGACAUUGUUUCUGACCGAGAUUCCAGAUUCCUAUCUCAAUUCUGGAAGGAGUUGCAAGCUGCUAUGGGGACGAAGCUGAAGCUGAGUACUGCAUUUCACCCAAUGACUGAUGGACAAACGGAGCGAACCAUCCAAACACUCGAGGACAUGCUGAGAGCAUGUAUGUUAGACCUACAAGGAUCUUGGGACGAACACUUAGACUUAAUAGAGUUUUCAUACAACAAUAGCUACCACGCCAGUAUCAAAAUGGCCCCGUACGAAGCUCUAUAUGGUCAAAAGUGUAGAAGCCCACUAUGCUGGAGUGACAUGGAAGAUCAAGUGGUGUUAGGGCCGGAUUACCUCCAAGACACCAUAGAGAAAGUGAAGAUGAUUCAAGCAAGGAUGAAAGCUGCACAAAAUCGUCAGAAGUCUUAUGCAGACUUGGGAAGGAAGCCAACCGAAUUCGAAGCGGGAGAGAAAGUCCUACUCAGAGUCUCCCCGACCAAGGGAGUAAUGAGAUUUGGAAAGAAGGGAAAGCUAAGCCCGAGGUUAAUUGGCCCAUAUGACAUCCUCGAGCGAGUGGGAAGAGUGGCAUAUCGUCUAGCUCUACCCACCGAGUUGGCUAAGGUACACAAUGUCUUUCAUAUCUCCCAAUUGAAGAAGUAUGUCCGCGACGAAUCCCAUAUUCUUAGCCCCGAGGUGGUCGAGUUGGAUGAAUCGUUGACUUACGAGGAGAGGCCGAUCCAGAUUUUGGAUACUAAGACUCGUGAGACUAGAAGAAAAGCAGUUAAGAUGGUGAAGGUGUUGUGGUCUAACCAUUUGGCCGAAAAUGCCACAUGGGAGACUGAGGAGGAUAUGCGCAAACGUUAUCCAGAAUUAUUCGACUAAGGUAAAAUAUUAGUUACGAGGACGUAACCUCUCUUUAAGGGGGGUAGAAUGUAAUACUUAAGAAUUUGAUUAUUUAGAUUUAGUUAAUGUUUCGGGUCGAAACAUCUUUUAAGGAGGGUAGAAUGUGACACUUCAAAAAUUGAAAUAAAAAUAAAAAUAAUUUUUAUUAGUCAGAUAAAAUAUUACGAAAAUAACAUUUUAAUUAUUAAGUGAGUCAAACAAAAUUUCAACAGUGUAACAUUCUAACCGGAUAAAAUUUUCAAAUUUACGACGUUUUAAUCAGAUAAAAAUGAUCCGAUAAUAAAAGUAGCAUUUUCGUAUAAAAUUAUUUUAUAAAACUAUUUUAAGUUGUUUAGUGUACAAAGUACAAACUGAAUAAUUAAAUACUCCUAAUACGUAAAAUAUAUGUAUACACUUGCGUAAUAAUAAUAGUAUAACCUACGUUAUACUUAGUAAUACAUACAUAUAUAAACUGAACUACCUACGUAUACAUAUAACCUACGUUAUACUUAGUAAUACAUACAUAUAUAAACUAAACUAAACUACAUACAUAUACUCCUAAACAAACUAAACCUACGUAAACAAAAAGGAAAAGAAAAAUACUAAACCUACGUAAACAAAAAGGAAAAGAAAAUACAAAACCUACGUAAACAAAAAGGAAAAGAAAAUACUAAACUUAGGAAACAUAUCCCAGUUGACUACCGAAACCUGCAAAAACAUAUCCCAAAACUCCUACGGGAGAUAAACUACCGACGGGGUACGGAAGAAGCCAAAGGGGUUCGUCACAAACUCUAACAUCUCAGCCUAAAACCCUCAUCUUUCCCUAUAAAUAGUAGGCCAGAACCUGCGUUUCCUUCAUCCCGAAAACCUGCAACAUAUAUACACAUAUACGUAUAUAUAUAUAUAUAAAAAUUGCGACCCAUCGUUUUAGCCAGAACCAAGCCGUGAAAAUACUUCUCAAACCUUCCCCUUCGCGAGACGAAUCCAACGGAGAAAGAAUCGUGGAAAACGGACGUCGGAGUAGGGAGAACAAGCUCGCCGGAGUAUUCGCCGGACUGAUUUUGCGACGGGAAACGGAGCAAGAAAAGAGAGCUGCCACCGCCGCCGACGGACCAUCUCAGACCUCCGCCGUCCCGAGGGAGUGCUCUGUCACCACAGUUCACCCGUCCGACGAGGUGAUUAUCUAGAGACCGGAUUAGAGGAGGAUAACUAGGAGCAUCAGGACUUAAGGUGAUGAGUUGGAUGCCUAUGUCGAUUGAUGGAUUGCUCGAGCUUGAGUGCGAAUUAGAAGAUGCCUUAGUUAAAUCUAGUCUGAAAUACACAUUUACUUAUUAUUAGUUUUUAUUGUUUUACUUUGAGUUGCCUGUGCAUUCGGUUAAGAGAUGACCGAAUGUGGCGGUAACACUCAUUUCCCUUUUAGACUUCCGCU